UCAGUGUACUACUGGGACUUUACCUCUUACACAAUCCUAUCUUUUCUUCAUUCUGCUUACAUCCAGCUCGUGUGCAGUUAUCUAGUCGUUUCUCACUUUUUAAUUUUGUUUUUAAACAUAGAAGGCCUAGGAAAUGAGUGGGGACCAUUCCCAUAACGAGGACCAGAUCGACUAUGCCUCUCGGGUCAAUGACUCCCAUAAGCAUAAAGACAAGUACAAAGACAAGGAAUAUAAACAUAAGGAACACAAGAAAGACAAGGAACGGGAGAAGUCGAAGCAUGGCAACAGUGACCACAAGGACCUGGAGAAAAAGUCCAAGGAAAAGGAGAAAAUGAAGCACAAAGAUGGCAACAAAGACAAGCACAAAGAAAAGAGGAAAGAGGAGAAGGUGAAGCCCUUUGAUGGUAAAAUCAAGAAAGAAAAGGAAAACGGCUUUGCCAGCCCACCACAUGUGAAGUCUGAGCCAGCUGACGAUUACCACUCUCCUAAAUACCAGAAGUCUCUUAAAAGAGAGCGAGACGAGGAUUACGAAGCUGAAUUCAAGCCUAAAAAGAUAAAGACUGAAAACGAUAAGAAAGCCAAGAAAAGGAAACAAGAGGAUGAGGAUAUUAAGUCCAAGAAAACCAAAAGUAAAAAAGGAGAAGCUGCUGAUGGGAAGAAGAAAGCAAAGCAAGAACCAGAGGAGAAGUGGAAAUGGUGGGAAGAGGAGAGGUACACGGACGGCGUCAAAUGGAAGUUCCUCGAACACAAAGGCCCAGUGUUUGCUCCGCCCUACGAACCCCUGCCUAGCAAUGUCAAGUUUUAUUAUGACGGUAAACCCAUGAAGCUGAGCCCAGAAGCAGAGGAAGUGGCUACGUUCUUCGCCAAAAUGUUGGACCAUGAGUACACUACCAAGGACAUCUUCCGUAAAAAUUUCUUUAAGGAUUGGAGAAAGGAAAUGACUUCUGAAGAGAAGUCCACAAUCACAGACCUGAAGAAGUGCAACUUCUCUGAGAUGAGCGAGUAUUUUAAGGCUCAGUCUGAGGCCAGGAAAGCCAUGACAAAAGAACAAAAACAGAAAAUAAAAGAAGAAAACGAGCGGCUGCUGCAGGAGUACGGCUUCUGCAUCAUGGACAACCACAAAGAGCGCAUCGCAAACUUCCGCAUCGAGCCGCCCGGCCUGUUCCGCGGCCGGGGAGACCAUCCCAAAAUGGGAAUGCUGAAACGCCGCAUCCGGCCUCAGGACAUCAUCAUAAACUGCAGCAAGGACUCGAAGUACCCCACACCGCCUCCAGGCACUAAAUGGAAAGAAGUUCGCCAUGACAACAAGGUGACUUGGUUGGUUUCAUGGACAGAGAACAUCCAAGGUUCCAUCAAGUACAUCAUGCUGAACCCCAGCUCCAGAAUCAAGGGAGAGAAAGAUUGGCAGAAAUACGAAACAGCUCGGCGACUGAAGAAGUGUGUGGACCGCCUCAGAGCGCAGUAUCGGGAAGACUGGAAAUCCAAGGAGAUGAGGAUCAGACAAAGAGCCGUGGCGCUUUACUUCAUUGACAAGCUGGCUCUGAGAGCAGGAAAUGAGAAGGAGGAAGGGGAGACGGCGGACACGGUGGGCUGCUGCUCGCUGAGGGUGGAACAUCUCAAACUGCACCCAGAAAGCGAAGGUCAGGAGUUUGUGGUGGAGUUCGACUUCCUGGGUAAAGACUCGAUCCGCUACUACAACAGAGUCCCUGUGGAGAAAAGAGUGUUCAAGAACCUUCAGUUGUUCAUGGAAAACAAAGAACCCGACGAUGACCUCUUUGAUCGUCUAAAUACUUCUAUCCUGAACAAACAUCUCCAGGAGCUGAUGGACGGCCUCACAGCUAAAGUUUUCCGUACUUACAACGCCUCAAUCACCCUGCAGCAACAGCUGAAGGAACUCACUAACGCGGACGACAACAUUCCAGCCAAGAUCCUGUCCUACAACAGGGCCAACAGAGCCGUGGCCAUCCUGUGUAACCAUCAGAGAGCUCCCCCAAAGACAUUCGAGAAGUCUAUGCAGAACCUGCAGACCAAGAUCGACGCCAAGAAGGAUCAGCUUUCUGAUGCCAAGAGGGAACUGAAGAGCGCCAAGGCCGACGCCAAAGUACGGAGAGAUGAGAAAUCCAAAAAGGCAGUAGAAACCAAGAGAAAGGCGGUUCAGAGGAUAGAGGAGCAGCUGAUGAAGCUGGAGGUUCAGGCAACCGAUCGCGAAGAGAACAAGCAGAUCGCCCUCGGCACUUCCAAACUCAACUAUUUGGACCCGCGCAUUUCUGUGGCUUGGUGUAAGAAGUGGGGCGUUCCCAUCGAGAAGAUCUACAAUAAAACUCAGCGCGAGAAGUUUGCUUGGGCUAUCGACAUGGCUGACGAAGACUAUGAAUUUUAAAUCCCAAUUUAUUUAUCUACGACAAACUUUUUUUUAUUGAAUACUUGUGUUUUUUAGCCUUCAUAAAUUUUGCUCAAUGGCCAGAAACCGACGAGGAAUUUUAAAAGUUUGUGCAGGGAAAAAUAAACACAUGGAAGAAAUGAGGCCAUUUUUGACAGAUUUUUGUGGAUAGCCCAAAACAAAAACAACAAAAAAAAAAAUCAUCUGAUCCAACGUCAGAUAAUGAAACUGAACUGCAUCCACGAUGGAGAGUCCAGGGCGUAGUCCCAGUAAUUUGAAGACUCCUAGACUGGUAUUUUUAUUUUUUUUUCUCUCCGUCCCUCCUCAGGGACAAAACUUGACAGCGCUUUGAAUUCUGUGGUCCUAUCGCUACUGUGUUACGCAAAAAAAGAAAAAGACUAAAACAAAUAACAACCUGAAA